AUGGUUGUAAUGGAACCUGCGCUCCUCAUGGCACUGUUUUUGGUAAUUUGUUUAAUAGCAUUGAAUAGAAAUUCCGGUGCAUUAGCUACACAAGAAUGUGGCGUUUUGGUAAACAGCACAUUGAAAAGUCGGGGAUAUCCAUUUGCCUAUCCAGCAGAUAUGGAUUGUGAAUACUCUGUUCCUAUUCCACCCGGAGGGCCAAUGGGAAUAUAUUUCGUUGACUUUGACGUGGAGUUUCACCCAUCAUGCAGUUAUGACUUUGUGAAGAUUGGUAAUGAUCAGAACCAUACCUUUGGAAAAUACUGUGGACGGAGGACUGGACAGACAGUUGUAGUUUAUGGAAACUUCGCCUUGGUAACAUUCCAUUCAGACUUCAUUGUCAAUAAGAGGGGAUUCUUCUUCCGUUUCAAAACGGUUCUCACUGUUCCCCCCAAAAUAUCCUUACCAGCCGUUGUGGAAGUUCUCCCAGGUUACAGAGUGAAAAUUCCGGUGACUGGAACUCCACCAAUAUACACAGCAAUAAUAAGAGACUCUACCGUGUUGGUAAACACAACAUAUACUGCAGCCUUUCAGUUCUAUAAUGGGUCAAAUUACACCUCUGUUGCCUUCAACAAGUAUGGAUAUGAUACGAGAGAUUUCACUGUGAUUUCUAGAGAUUGUGGACAUGCCUGUUCUCCGAGGUUCAACAGUCGCAUUCAAAAUGAACUCUUCUGUGAAAACGUGACAGCAACACAACUUAAGAUGUGUCUUUCACCGUUGACGGAAACAUUGUAAGAGACUAUAA